AUGUUCACUGCCGAGAGUGGGUGGGUCCGUCGGCGUGCCAGCGUGGUGCCGCGUGUUGCCGGCGGCGUACGCCAACAGCAGGGCGGGCUGCUAGCAAGAGGGGCAGGGGCUGCUGAUGGACCUGCGACCGGUGUGUCCCAGCCUACCCAAGGCCGUGGUGGUGGUGGCAAGAAGGAGGAGACGUUGAUGAGGCUGGAUGAGCGCGACCUUAGGCAGCGAAAGUUCACCAAAGGGAUGAAACAGCUGGGGUACCGCGGCGGGUGGAAAGCCGUGCGAGGGCUGAUUGCCGAAGCCGGGCGAGUGGGGCUUCCCCUUAACGUGAUCUGCCUCAACGCGGCCAUGUCGGUGCUGGCUAGAAGCGGUCGGUGGUACGAGGCCCUGGACCUGCUCUCCAUGAUGAGGAGGGGGGCGCUGCUGGUUGACGUGGACGGCGGCGGCGACGGCAGUGGCGCGGACCAGGGAACGGGAUUCCGGGAGCCCCGGGUGGAAGGGGAGGAGGCGUCUUCUUCGACGAUGCUGGUGCUGCCGGAACCUGACACCAUUACUUUCAACACCGCCAUCACCGCGUGCGGCAGAGGAAAGAAGUGGAAGCCGGCCGUCGAGCUGCUGGACAGCAUGCGGCGAGAAGGCCUGGUGCCCGAUGGGUUUUCGUACUCCGCCGCUAUCACGGCCUGCAAGAACUGCGGCCAGUGGGAGACAGCGCUGGGCCUCCUGGACGACAUGAGGAUGAGGGGGCUCGGCAGGGAUAGGCACUCGCUCAACGCCGCAAUAGCCGCCUGCGCUUCCGCCGGAAGGUGGAAACCCGCUAUGGAGAUUCUGGAGGGGAUGGAAACGAAAGGCCCCAGCCCGGACGUCUUCACCUAUGGUGCCGUCAUCGACACGUGA